ACAGAGUCAGCUGUUCUGAGCUAUGUCAGAAGAUGCCGGAUACAGUUGUAGUGGAAGGACAAGUUAAAUUCAGAGAUGGGAAAAAGUGGAAGACUCGUUGGGUCGCGUUGCGGAAGCCGUCCCCAGUCGCAGACUGCCUCUCUCUCCUGGUCUACCGGGAUAAGUCCGAUAAGGUCAGGGGUCGUCGUGAGCGGCUGCAGAUGACCUUGGAGGGGAUCUGUGGAGUGGAGCCGGGGUUAGGGUACGACGGGGUGGCCUACACCCUCACCAUCCUCUGUCUGGGACACACAGUGGGACUGGGCUUCGACAGCAGAGAGGGGCUGGCAUGGGGACGGGGGGCAUGGGACGCUAGGCUGAGAUACAGUCUGGGAGAAGUCCACAGGUUCAGUGUUUGCGUUCAGCCAGGAACUAAGCUAGAGAGUGGUCCCGCCUCCCUGCACCUGUGCAACAACCUACUGGUCCUCACUACAGGGACCUCCCCGGCCGUGAUUGGCCAGUGGAAGCUGUCAGACCUAGUCGCUAUGGCGACGUGCGCUGUUUAUGGCUUUGUGUUUGAGGGCGGCACUAGAUGUGGAUACUGGGCUGGUGUGUUCUUCCUGUCCUGUUCAGAAGGAGAGCAGAUCAGUUUCCUGUUUGACUGUAUAGUCAGAGGCAUCUCUCCUAGUAGAACACCUAGUGGCCUCAGACCUAACCUACCAGAUCCCAGUGCUAGCCGGUCCUCCUCAGAGAGGAUCAACCAUGAAACAUCGGAUCUAGAGAGAAGACUCAGCAUGCUGUCUCACCGCAGUAGACAGAGCAGUACAGCCUCCACCUCCAGUUACAGCACCUCCAUUGCCGGGGACGACCGCAGCAGUAUCUCUUCCUCUUCCUCCAGCCAAUCAGACGCCAGCUACGGAAGCCACUUCCCUUUAUGGCCAGGGCCAAAACGCCCCACUUCCUCAACCGAGACCCUGUCGGCCCCUCCCACUGCGAGGUCCUCGACCAAUCUGGACGAGGAUCUCUAUAACGCUGUCAUGAACCGCACUCCUUUCAAACCGCCUUCCCACCUUCACAGUCUCCACGACAGCGGGCGCCAAAGCUCGUUGGACAGCGGGAUAGGCGUCGCCACGGCCAGCAGCCAAUCGUCUUACUCUGGGAGCUUCUCUUCCUGUACGGGCAGCCUGGACACAGCCAGUCAAGGAGGAGGGGAGGAGUUUGGGUCUGUCCUUAGUCUACCUCCCCCUCUUCUCUCUCUGCCUCCUCUUUCUCUAUCUCCCCCUCCUCCCUCUCUACCUCCUCCUCCACCCAGUCUACCUCCUCCUCUGUCCUUAAGGACCCCUGAGCCCGGCCCUCUCUCCCCCCCUACUCCCGGCUCCUGCCUCCCGUCUUGCUCCUCCUCCUCCAGGACUAGUGGUUGUAGCUCUGGCGCCCCCUGGUGUCAGAGGAGGAGCACCGAACUGGGCAGGGCCAGGCAGCUCGGUGGGGAUGGAGAUCAAGGACAGAUCCAGGGGCAUGAGUGUCCUUCCCUUCCUUCCAACCCCACUGAGGCCUCUCUCCAGUGGGUAGAGACCCCGAGGCAGGCCCCCGUAGAGAGGCACCUGUCCUGGAGCAGUGAGAGAGCGCCCCCUGUGGACAGUGGUGAUCGGUGCAGCAUCAUGUCCGCUCGGCUCACACCCAGACCUCUGCUGUUACCUGGCUGUCCAGUGUGUGGAGGAACCCAGAGUCAUCAUCCCUGUGUAGAUCACAACUACAUUACCCAUGAGCAAUGGUUCUCAGCUAGAAAGAGACAUGUUACGCAGACAAACAGCCCUUCACAUUCAGGGCUUUCCCCAACACCAGAUCCACCACCCCAGUGUAGAGAGGUGGUGCGGGGUGAGGCGGGCCUCUCUCACCCUCUAGAACCCUCCUAUUCACCCCCACCUCCCCACGGCACGAUGACGCCAAGCAGACCGACCUCAGUCUCUGGCGGGAGAUUCUUUAAGUUUCCUCCGGAUGCUUCUGCCAUGAUGAUGUCAUCAGUCCUGGACAGGCGUCACCACACCGACCCCAGUGUGAACUACGUCAACAUCCCCGUUAGCCCUGCGGCUAAAGCUAACAGAGCUGGCAGAGAGCUGCUGUACAUGGAGCUGGAUCUACAGCCAGAGCCCUACGGUGGGCCAGUUUCCACCAACAUCACUGCAGCGAGGGGUAACCCUGUGCAGCUGCGCAGACCCAUUUGGCUGGCUGACUGGUUUGGCUGGCUGGCUGGCAGGUUGAUUGGCUGGCUGGCUGGCAGGUUGAUUGGCUGGCUGGCUGGCAGGUUGGCUGGCAGGUUUGGCUGGCAGGUUGGCUGGCUGGCAGACGUCCAAUAG